UCUUACAAGCCGGAACUAUUCUUCCUUGUUCUGAAUGUCGGAACCUUCUCUUCGAGGACAAGGGAGGCAGCAAAAAGCGUUGCGCUGCAUAGAAAUGGGCGAAGAUGAGCUUCAAAGGGCUUGCCGGUCUCGUGCUGAGAGGUAGGAAAGGUUUUCUCCAGCUGCCUUUAGGUUCAUCUCGGCUGCAACCAUUGUAUCUUCUGUGGUGUCAGAAGUCAACAUCUGUUGCACGGCAGGACUCAGCUGAUUCUCCAUCUGCUCCUGAGAACUUUAGGGAACCAGAACCAUCAAUAGAUGAUUUGUUUUCCUCUGAACAGAAAUCUGCUGUUCUACAGCAACUCAAUUUUGCAACUGCGGAAGAACUUUCUGUUGUGAAACUCUUGCGAGGGAGAAAGUCCAUUAAUAUAAUAGAGUACAGAAAUAAGCAUGGGCCAUUUCAGGAUUUACAGAGUUUACUGCAAGUGCCUCUCUUUCAAUAUAAAACAGUUGUUAAAGUAUGUGACUUUAUUCUUAACCCCCUUGCAAAAGAAAAGAAAGAGAGAAAAGCUUCAUCCAUAAUGAAAUAUAUCAAGCCAGAAAUAGAAAUCAAGAGAUUGAAGAGCGCCAGUAGUAUUGUAUCUGUUGUUUUCAGCACAUGCAAAAUUGCAUGGGCUCAUGUUAACAGAGACUUAACUGUUCAUGACUGGCAGCAGCAAGAGUGCGCAGUGUUUAUGAAAGGAACCUAUGUGCCAUCAGUUUAUCUGGAAGAGAUUUCUUCUGUAGUAUCCAGACUUCCUGAAGCAGAUUUUUAUGUUUUGGAAAAAAAUGGACUUUCUAUUUUGAAUGCAAAUCUGUUUUCAGUGACGUUGCAUCUUCGUACAGUGGAAGCUAUGCUGUAUGCCUUGUUACAUAAAACACUUGCACAAGAGGGCCAGCAUAAAGUGCUAAGCAUGGCCCGAAUUUUUGUAGGAAAACACUUUGGGUUGAUGGUGGGAGAAUCACGGACUAGUGGCAUAGAUCUUGUAAAACAGCUUCUCUUAGAAUCUGUUACAGUAGCUCAGCCUCGUGUGAAUUUUCCAAGAGACAGAGUGCUAAGUUACCAAAACCUGUUGUCUACAAACAAGCCAAGGCGAGAUGAGGAACUCUGUGAUUCAUUGCUGCAAGCAGUAGCUUUUUAUGAGAUUUUAACACAGAACAACAAUACUUAAAUCUUUCUAGAUUUCCUUGAGCAACUGCUCUUGUUUGGUUUAUGGCAUCUACAGUAAGUUGUACUUGAUAACAUUUAAUUUUUAUACUUGAGUCUACACUACCAGUAUCCCAUCAGGCAUACAUCUUCAGUAGUAGUGUAGCCAUUUCCAGUAACUUUUAAUGGCAAACCAAGGAAAACAAUGCAAUAUGGUGUGACAAUAUAAAAGACAAUAUGAAUACAGCUUUUUGUGGCUCUACAUAAUAUGAGGAAUAAAAGGAAUAAUAAAACACAAUGAUCUGAGAUAAUACAAAGAUUAAAACAAUACAAUAAGAACUUAACAAUCGGGAAGCAUAAUUAAAUGAUUUAUGGAUCUGCUUUCUCCCAUUCACUCUUCCCCUUCCUAUCUAUUCCUCUUUUUCUUUCUCCCACAAGACAUAUGCCAAGAACUCUGCCACUUGCUCAGUGAUUUCAAAUAAUUUGUUUGCUAGCAAAAAUUCAAUACCUCUAUUAGGCUCAACCUUAAAAAGUUGGAAGAGGACUGAUCAAAUGUAUACACAUCUGAGUGAAAAACAGGCAGUGUAAGAGGAUAUGUUGUACUGAAUCCAGUUCUCUAUAACAAUACCUGCAGAGCCUUGUCUCAUACGGAAUACCCUUAUAUCUGCCUGUAACCACAGCUGAGGGAAAUAUAUUUAGCUAGCAUAAGAGCUCUGCGUUGCAAAGGGAUUACUAAGUUGGAAAAGUACUGAGCUGUGGACUUUUGUGGGAAAUAAAGACCCCAAAAGGGGGGGGUACAAGUCCUUCCUUCUCCAUUGUUUAUUAGUUGCAGGUCAGUAUCCCAUAUUCUCCUUCGGAUUGUUCAAAAUACAUAGGCUUUGUUAGAGUUGGCCAAGGAGUCUAUAUCAAUACCUAGAGAUCUGAUUUUCCUAGUAUUGAUUGGGACCAUUUAGAAACAAAUGGGUCCGCAAGUAAAGAAGUGAUGAGACUAUUUGGAGGGGAUCGAAAAUAAAGGUGUAGCUGAUAUUUGAUGGCAGGAAUCCAAGCGCUGGCUUCUAUAGUUUGAAGUCCCAACUCAGUGCACAGUAGUGUAGCCAUGAUCAUAAUAGAAAAGAAAGCUAUUAUAAAAGUUUACAAAUAUAAAAAUCUAGUCACACUGUACGGCUAUACAGCUAUGAAAAAUGAAAGCAAGGUUUGCCAUUGCAGGUAGUAUAACAGUUGUAUGUACCGGUACAUUUAUUUAGAAGUGGUAUGUUUGAGCUCACAAAGUUUUUAAAAAAUCUCAUAUUUAAGAUAGUUACAUUGCUACUGAAUUAUGUAAAAUGUAUAGGAGUAUUGGGUAAUCUAAUUGCACUUGCUUGAAUUUAAGAAUAUAUCUUGGUUUACAUUAA